AUGAUUGCAGUAGCAAUCAUUGAGCAUAAUCUGCCUUACUCUUUCGUUGAAUACAGAAGGAUCAAGGAAGCUUUUGUAUAUGCGAAUUCUUCUAUAGAAUUUUGGUGUAGAAAUAUAGUUGCAGCAGAUUGUCUUAGGAUAUUUGAGAAAGAAAAAAAGAAACUCAGGGAGAGUUUAAGUGAUAUUCCUGGUCGGUUUUGCUUGACAACUGAUCUGUGGAGAGCAAUCACGGUAGAGGGUUACAUGUGUUUGACUGCGCAUAACAUCGACAGAGGCUACAAUUUGAAGACAAAGAUCUUGUCAUUAUGUGCGUUUCCUCCUCCACAUACUGGUGCUGCUAUAGCCUCAAAGAUGAUGGAGAUUUUGAAAGAAUGGGGUCUAGAGAAGAGAGUGUUUACCAUCACUGUGUACAAUGCCUCAUCAAAUGAUAACAUGCAAAGAGUACUCAAGAGACAGAUGCAAAAAAACUUGGUCUCUGAGUCUAGAGAGAAGUCGUUUCGGGAUUGUGUGGAAGUUGUGGGGAUUGGUGAAGAUACAACUAAGGCAGGACUGGUUUCAGAUGUGGCAACUAGGUGGAAUUCUACUUAUACAAUGUUGGAGAGGGCUAUCAAGUUUAAGGAAGUUUUUCGACAUCUUGAGAUGACUAAGUUGAUCUUAGGAUCAACUUAUCCUUCUGCAAACUUGUACUUCAUGCAAGUCUAUAUCAUUGAAAGUUGGCUGAAAACAAAUGAGUUAUCUUCUGAUGAGGUGAUCCAAGAGAUGGUGGGAAGUAUGAAGGAGAGAUUCGACAAAUAUUGGGAGGAAUACAGUGAUAUACUUGCAAUUGCUGCUGUAUUAGAUCCUCGGUUGAAGUUUAAGUGCUUAGAGUAUUGCCUUUAG